AUGGCCAUGGCAUCGCCGUCGUGGUCAUCUUGCUGCACCUCUACCUCCACUCGUCCUCUGCCUAGUCCUCCCGCGAGCAGCAAGCGCAGGAACCUAUGGCGGGCAAGCAGCGGCAGGAGGAGCGCCAGCGGAGGGAAGAGACAGCAGCUGUCCAUCCGCGCGGUGGCCGCACCGUCGUCGGCGGUGGACUACUCGGACACGGGCGCCGGCGCCGGCGACAUCCCCUCGCUGAAAAUCAAGCUGCUGAGCGCGGUCGCCGGGCUGAACCGGGGCCUCGCGGCGAGCCAGGAGGACCUGGACCGGGCGGACGCGGCGGCGAGGCAGCUGGAGGCGGCGGCGCCGGCCCCCGUGGACCUCGCCAAGGACCUCGACAAGCUGCAGGGACGGUGGAGGCUGGUCUACAGCAGCGCCUUCUCGUCGCGGACGCUCGGCGGCAGCCGCCCCGGCCCGCCCACCGGUCGCCUCCUCCCCAUCACCCUCGGCCAGGUGUUCCAGAGGAUCGACGUGGUGAGCCAGGACUUCGACAACAUCGUGGAGCUCGAGCUCGGCGCGCCGUGGCCGCUGCCGCCGGUGGAGGCCACGGCCACGCUGGCACACAAGUUUGAGAUCACCGGAAUCGCGAGUAUCAAGAUCAAUUUCGACAAGACGACGGUGAAGACCAAAGGGAACCUGUCCCAGCUGCCUCUGCUGGAGGUGCCCCGCCUCCCGGAUAGCCUCCGGCCGCCGGCGUCCAACACCGGGAGCGGCGAGUUCGACGUGACGUACCUCGACGACGACACCCGCAUCACCCGAGGGGACAGGGGGGAGCUCAGGGUGUUCGUCGUCUCAUGA